AUGUGCUCGACGCCCUGGCUACCGACGCCGGGGACCUCACUGGUCCUGCGGGUAUCCUUCGUGGACGUGCACCCCAAGGUGAUCCCCGUGCAGCUAUGGGGACUGGUGGGCGAGCGGCGGGACGAAUACGUGCGACUGAGCCGAGAGAUCCAAGAAGCGGCGGCCGCGCGCAGCCAGUGGUCCCGGGGUGGCGCCUCGGUCUCGCCCGGCGACCUGUGCUUGGUGCAGGUGGGGCUCCUGUGGCGCCGCUGCCGCGUGGUCAGCCAACAGGUGCAGAAGAGCUGCGUCUUGCUGCUCGACGAGGGCCGCACCAUCACGGCCAACUCCAGCUCGCUGAUGCCCGGGCGCAGCGAGUUCUUCCACCUGCCCUCUGAGGUGCUUGGCUGCGUGCUGGCCGGCCUGGUGCCGACGGGCGGCGGCGGUGCGGGCGGGGGCGAGCCGCAGCAGUGGCCGGCCAGCGCCGUGGACUUCCUUAGCAACCUGAAGGGCAAGGAGGUGCAUGGGCAGGUCCUUGACGUGCUGCUCCUCCACCGCCUGGUCCUUCUCGAGGUGCCCAGUCUGUUCCAGCAGAUGCAGGAGCUCGGCCUGGCCCGGCAGGUGCCCGGCAGUGUCUUCCGCUCGCUGCUGAAGCGCUACCUCAAGGCGACGAGCACUGCUGGCACAGGCCCCAGGGCCUCAGUUCUCUCGCACAAGCCAGAGCACCCUGGCCUGGACUACUUCUAUCCCCAGCUGCAGCUGGGAGUGACGGAGCCCGUCGUGGUAACCCAGGUGUGCCAUCCACACCGCAUUCACUGCCAGCUCCGGAGCCUCUCACAGGAGAUCCACCGCCUCUCUGAGAGCAUGGCCCAGGCAUAUCGGGGUUCCACGGGGACAGGGCAUGAGAAUUCUACCAGUGCCACCUGGGAGGAAAGGGAGGAGAGCCCAGACAAGCCGGGCUCUCCGUGUGCAUCCUGUGGGUUGGAUGGACGUUGGUACAGAGGGCUCUUGCUUGAGAUUUUCCGGCCCCAGCGCUGUGCCCAGGUGCUUCACGUAGACUAUGGAAGGAAAGAGUUAGUGAGCUGCAGUAGCCUCCGGUACAUGCUGCCUGAAUAUUUUCGAAUGCCUGUGGUGACCUACCCUUGUGCUUUGUAUGGACUAUGGGACGGUGGGAGAGGCUGGUCUCGGUCACAGGUUGGUGACCUAAAAGCACUGAUACUGGGCCAGGCAGUGAAUGCAAAGAUUGAAUUUUAUUGUUCUUUUGAGCAUGUGUAUUAUGUCACCCUGUAUGGUGACGACGGGAUUAAUUUCAACUGUGUGUUUGGAGUACAGUCGUGUUGCUUGGCUGACCGAUUCCUUCAGAGCCAGGGAAUAGAGGAGGAAGAGGAGGAGGAAGAACCAGAAACAGUUCUUCAGUCCCAGUCUCCUGCUGAAGAGGUGGAUGAAGAAAUUUCACACCCAGGUCUAAGAUCUAUCAGGUUAAAGGUGAAUGCCUUCUAUGAUGCUCAGGUAGAGUUUGUUAAAAGUCCUUCUGAGUUUUGGAUUAGGUUGAGGAAACACAGUGGCACUUUCAGCAAGCUGAUGAAGAGAAUGUGCAGUUUCUAUUCCUCAGCCAGUAAGCUGGAUGGUGUAGUUUUGAAACCUGAACCUGAUGACCUUUGCUGUGUCAAGUGGAAAGAAAAUGGCUAUUAUCGGGCCAUGGUCACCAGAUUGGACGACAAAAGUGUGGAUGUAUUCUUAGUUGACCUAGGCAAUUUGGUAACUGUGGACUGGUAUGAUGUAAGAAUGUUGCUUCCUCAGUUUAGGCAACUGCCAGUGUUGGCUCUGAGGUGCACUCUAGCUGAUAUUUGGCCUUUGGGAAAAGUUUGGAGCCAGGAGGCAAUUACCUUUUUUAAAAAGACUGUACUUCACAAAGAAUUAGUCAUCCAUAUCCUUGAUAAGGAGGAUCGCCACUAUGUUGUUGAGAUUCUUGAUGAAUCAAGAACAGGGGAAGAAAACAUUAGUAAGGCAAUUGCUCAAGCAGGAUAUGCCAAGUAUCAGGAAUUUGAAACAAAGGAAAAUACACAGGUAAAUGCCCACUCUCCAGGGCAUGUUUCAAACCAUUUUACUGCUGAGAAUAACAAAGUAUCUUUUGGCAAGAAGGUAGAAGGAAAACAGAAAGCCAAGAGAGAUAAUACAACCACAUCUGUUUCAGAAGCUUUGACUGACACAGCAGUUGUUAGAAAUGUUUCACCUGGACUAGUUGUGCAGGAAAAAGAGAAAAGGACAUCUGUGUUUUCUUCUCUUGCACAGGAUUUUUUUGAAAUUAAGCCAGGAUCCUUUUGUAAAGAAGAACUAGAAAUUGGAAGUACAGUAGAAGUCAAAGUGUCAUAUGUUGAAAACCCUGGCUAUUUCUGGUGCCAGAUGACCAGGAACAUACAAGGAUUUAAAACGCUAAUGUGUAAUAUUCAGGACUAUUGCAAAAAUAUGGCUGCUCCUCACCAGGGAACCACCCCUGCUUGUUUAGCAAAGCGAACAGUAAAUGGAAAAUGGUCCAGAGCUCUAAUAAGUGGGGCACAAUCUUCGGAGCAUGUCAAAGUAAUAUUUGUAGAUUAUGGGGACAAAGAUGUGGUACCUGUAAAGAAUAUUUAUGCAAUUAGUGAAGAAUUUCUUAAGGUUAAUGCUCAGGCUUUUAGGUGCAGUCUUUAUAAUUUAAUUCAACCAACUGGUCAAAAUCCUUUUGUUUGGGAUGAAAAGGCAAUACAAGCUUUUAGUGAAUUUGUGGAUAAUGCAUGGCAAGACAAUCUAGAAUUAAAAUGCACAAUAUUUGCUUUGGCUUCAAUAGAGGAUGAAGAAUUGUUUAAUGUUGUGGAUUUAUUAACACCCUUUCAGAGCGCAUGCCAUUUUUUGGUAGAAAAGAGACUUGCGAGACCAGUAAAACUUGAGAAGCCUUUGGAAUCCUCUGUUCACCUACAUUCCUACUACUAUUCUACACAUGAUAUGAAAAUUGGAAGUGAAGAAUUUGUGUGUAUAACUUAUGUUGAUGACCCUUGGAAGUUUUAUUGCCAGCUGGCAAGAAAUGCAGAUGUUUUAGAACAGUUAUCACGUAGUAUCACACAAUUAAGUAAAACUUUGCUGAAUUUAAAAACAUCUCCGUUCAUCCCUGGAAACUUGUGCCUUGCCAAGUAUACUGAUGGAAACUGGUAUAGAGGGAUAGUAAUAGAGAAAGAACCAAAUAAAGUCUUCUUUGUUGAUUUUGGGAACAUUUAUGUAGCAACAAGUGGAGAGAUACUUCCAAUACCUAGUGAUGCAUAUGAUGUCUUACUUUUGCCCAUGCAAGCUGUUAAAUGUUCAUUAUCUGAUAUUCCUGAUUACAUACCAGGAGAAGUUACAGCAUGGUUUCGGGAGACUAUUUUAGAUAAGUCACUGAAGGCAUUAGUUGUAGCAAAAGAUCCAGAUGGACGACUAAUAAUAGAACUAUAUGAUGACAGUAUUCAAAUUAAUGCUAAUAUUAGUGAGAAGUUAGGGCUACAUUGUUACAAAGAAAGAACAAGAAAAAAAGAAAGUGAAGCACUCUUCUCUACAACUGAAACUGUUCAAGAAAAAAAUGAAAAUAUAAAGUUGUCACCUUCAGAGUAUUUAAGUAAAUCAGUAGAGAAGAAGUUGUACAGUCUAGAAAUUUUGGGAGAAUCAUACAAACCUAAGGUCAACUCAGCACGUAAGGAGCUCAAAUUUUUACGAAGUUCAACAAAGACAAACUUAGUCACUCAAUAUCAGGACUCUGUGGGAAAUAAUAAUAAAGUAUUUCCAGUAACAACAAAAAAGAAAGAAGAAAUUUUUACUGAGCCAUGUUUAAAAGCCACAAAAGUAGAAGCCACUCCUUCAGAGAGAAAAAUAGGAGAUUCAUGUAACAAAGAUUUGCCUCUAAAAUUUUGUGAGCUCCCACAGAAGACUAUAAUGCCUGGCUUUAAAACCACUGUGUAUGUUUCUCAUAUAAAUGACCUUUCAGACUUUUAUGUUCAGCUAACAGAAGAUGAAGCUGAAAUUAAUCAUCUUUCAGAGAGAUUAAAUGAUGUUAAAACCAGGCCUGAAUAUCAUGCAGGUCCACCUCUGCAAAGAGGAGAUGUGAUAUGUGCCAUUUUCCCAGAAGACAAUUUAUGGUAUCGUGCUGUGGUCAAGAAACUACAACCCAAUGACCUUUUCUCUGUACAAUUUAUAGAUUAUGGCAAUGUUUCUGUGGUUCAUAUUAACAAAAUAGGUAGGCUUAAUGUAGUAAAUGCAAUAUUACCAGGACUGUGCAUUCAUUGCUCCUUAGGGGGACUUUGGGUUCCUGACAUUAUACACUGCAAGGAAAUGAUGCAUUACUUUUCCCGAAGGACAAAUAGGGCUCAAAUAAGAUGUGAAUUUGUUCAAUUUCAAGACAGAUGGGAAGUUAUUCUGGCUGAUGAACAUGGGAUCAUUGCAGAAGAUAUGAUUAGCAGAUAUGCUUUCAGUGAAAAAUCUCAAAUAGGACUUUCUACCCAAGUAAUUAAAGGUGCCUGUUCAAAGUCUGUUAGCAACACUGACACUGCAGUAUUUCUUAACUGGUAUAAUCCAAAAGUGAAGAUGGUAAGAGCUUAUGCCACUGUGAUAGAUGGACCUGAGUAUUUCUGGUGUCAGUUUGCUGAUACUGAGAAACUUCAGUAUUUAGAAAUAGAAGUACAAACAGUUGGAGAACAGGUGACAGAUUUGGGAAAUUGUAUCCAAUGUCCUCAUAUUGGAGAUCCUUGUAUAGUAAGACAUAGAGAAGAUGGGCAUUAUUAUAGGGCACUUAUCACUAAUAUUAGUGAAGAUUAUCUUGUAUCCGUCAGGCUUGUGGACUUUGGAAACAUUGAAGAUUGUGUGGACCCCAAAGCACUCUGGAACAUUCCUUCUGAGCUUUUGUUGGUUCCCAUGCAAGCUUUUCCAUGUUGCCUCUCAGGAUUUAAUAUUUCAGAAAGUGUAUGCCCCCAAGAGGGAAAUGACUAUUUUUAUGAAAUAAUAACAGAAGAUGUGUUGGAAAUAACAAUAUUAGAAAUUAGAAAGGAUGUUUGUGAUAUCCCUUUAGCAAUUGUUGACUUGAAAAGCAAAGGUGAAAGUAUUAAUGAAAAAAUGAAGAAAUAUUCUAAGAUUGGUGUUACUGAGAGUGAUGUGCCCUGUGAAAAACGUGAUCUGUACAUAAAGGGAGCUCCUGGGUCCCCCAAUCCUGAUGUGGGACUUAAGAAAGCAAGUAAUAAAGCUGUACAAGAUAAAACAUUUUAUGUGGAACCAGAGACACAUGAGCUGUCUGAAAGAACUGAAAAAGAUUUAAACAUGAUUGACACCAAACCAAGUAAAUUCUAUGACCUCAAGCUUGAUAACAUUUUCAAAGCUUUUGAAAACCCACACGAAGAUAAAAUUGGUACUGAGGUACUGGAAGGUAAAGUAGAGGGCCAUUUGGCUGAUGAAGCAAAGUUUGAUAAUAAAUACUUCAUUACAGGAUUUAACACAUCAUCACCACAUGCUAGUGAAACAAAGGAGAUAUUAGAACUGAUUUCACCUGAGGUGCCACUUUCUCCUGAUGGUGACUCAAAAGAAAUCCUAGAACUAGAAUCCAUUGAGUUCCAGCAUUCUCUAGUGGGAGAUGAAGAAAAAGAGGAGCUAGGCCUGCUGCCAUCGAUUGUGCCGCUCUCCCAAGGCUGUGACAGGGAAGCCCCCCUGGAGCCAUUUACAGUGCAGCUUCCCCUCAACUGUGAAGCCGAGAAACAGCCAGAACUAGAACUACCUGCAGCCCCGCUGUCUCUAGAUGACAAAAUAAAUCCUUUGUCUUUAAGAGUUAAUCAGAAAGCCCAAGAAUCCAUGUGUGCUGACGACGUGAGAAAGUCAAGUUGUGUGGAAUCCUUUGAUGACCAGCACAGGAUACCAUCACACCUACAAGAAGAGAAUUUUGAUCCCCAAAUGCAGACAGAAAUGUACAUAUAUGAAGAAGAAUUUACGGAAUAUGAAAACAGGGUUGCCAUUUCAUCAUUGACACCUUUGUCCUCUACGGAAGAAUCCAGAGAUGGGAGGAAACACAAUAAUGCUUUACCAGAUCAUGUCUCAGCUCUACCACAGAACACCUACACUCUGAAAGGAUUUACUGUUGGAUCCAAAUGCAUUGUGUGGUCAAGUCUAAGAAACACGUGGUCUAAAUGUGAGAUUUUAGAAAUAUCUGAUGAAGGCACAAGGGUUUUGAACCUCUCAAAUGGUAUGGAGGAGGUAGUGGAACCUGAGAAUGUCUGGAAUGGCAUACCCAAAUUGCAUAAGAGUCCACCUGAGAAAAGGGGCCUGGAAGUGAUGUUGAUUUAA